CUGAACGUCACAUUCCUGCAUUCCCUUUUUCCUCAGUUCCCAGGACGUCGGAGUAAUAGCGACCACAAGAUAGCUAAUCCUCUUCCCCACUUUUCUUUGUGAUAAAACACACCCAUGACACGGCUAAUUUGAUCUCAGGAGGUGAUCCCGGGUUCACCAGGAGUCAGAGUCUCUCUUCGGGUCACUUUCCUCCUUCCCUCCCCCUGCUCCCCUAGCAUCCGUCACAGCGCUGGUUGUCAUGGAGAACUCUUCAGUGGCGUCAGCAUCGUCUGAGGCUGGGAGCACACGCUCGCAGGAGAUAGAGGAGCUGGAGCGCUUCAUCGACAGCUAUGUGCUGGAGUACCAGGUGCAGGGGCUUCUGGGAGACAAGGCGGAUGGGGACUUGGACCUGGACAAUGGUGGCAAGGUGCCACAGUGGACAGAUGACUGUAACAACAAGAAAGAUGGCAGCUGGACGUCUUCACGGGGAAGAGGCUCAACCAAGCCAGAUGAGUGGGAUCACAGCAGUAACGGCAGCACAGGUUCCAGGCCCAGUUCAGGUUCCAGACCAGGAUCUGGCUCCCGCUCCGGCAGCAGAGGCAGAAACAACCAAUUCACAUGCCCUGCCAAGAACGGGAACAGAGAAGGCUCCCUGGACAUCCUGGGGACAGACAUAUGGGCUGCCAACACAAUGGACUCACGCGGCGGUGCCGGUUGGGACGUGCAGCCAGAGAAGCUGGACUUCAGCCAUUUCCACAGGAAACACUUCAGAGGAACGCCAAAGCACCUGCCACACAUCGACAGAGAGGGGAUGAAUAAAAACAAGUUUGAGGAAGAUGACGGCAUAGACAUGAAUGACAUAGAGAGGUUCCUGCCCCAUCUGCACUCUGUCUUCCCUCCCCUUCCUAAUGAGGCUGAGAUCGCACAAACCAAAAAGCUGUUCCGACGCAGGAGGAAUGACCGACGAGCGCUUGAUCAGUUCACCAGAGACCAGUUAACCAUACUCCUGCCUCACGGCCCUGGGGGAAGGCGGCAUGUCUCAGCCAGGAGACAGCAGCGACCUCAAGGAGGAGGAGGAGUAGGAGGAGGUGGAGGGGGCGGAGGAGUGAAGAACCAACCUCAGCUGAUACAACAACAGUCCCCACAGCAUCAGAGGGAUCUAACCCAACAACAAUGUCAAAACCAACAGCAGCAGAAUAUACCGGAACAGGGAGAUAACAGAAACUGUAGUGCCGGUCGGCCGCCGCGCCAGUACCAGGGGGGGCAUGGGCAGCGCCAGGGAGGACCCCCGCACCACGGAUACAGCCAGAACAGGCGCUGGCACCACAAUCAGAAAGUUCAGGGAUACGGACAGACGAACGUUACAGGGGACAAAGGAGUACCCCCGAGAACAACCAAAGACAAACAGACUGAGAAUGUAAAACCAGGUGAGGAGCAGAUCAGUGCACCUCAAGACUUCAGAAGUCCCACUGAAUCCCCCAGACCUGAGUCCGCACCAAACACAAAUGCUUUCCCACAACCGACAGUUAAAAAGGAAUCUCCCAACCCACCAGGAAGUAGAAAGGCAAGCGAGGGCCAGUCGGAGCGGCCCAAAAUCGACUUGCUGCAGUCGUCAAAGGAGAGGCUGAGGAGGAGACUAAAGGACAAGGAAGAGGCUGGUGUGGAGGCGUCGGGCCCCGGCUCACAGAGCAUGGACCGGCUGGUGGAGCUCCUCAACAGCAUGAGGAGCAACAGCAGCGGGGUGGAGCAGCAGCUGGCCUCCUUCAUGGAGGAGGCGCAGAAUUCGGCGCGGUGCGAGGAGACCCUGGCUCAGGUGGUCAGCACCCUCUACUCCAAAGCUGUGUCGGACAGGAGCUUCGCCGCCACAGCCGCCAAGCUCUGUGACAAGAUGGCGCUGUUCAUGGUGGAGGGGACCAAGUUCAGAUCUCUGCUGCUCAACAUGCUGCAGAGGGACUUUGCCCGUCGAGAGGAGCUCCAGCAGUCGGAUGUGGAGAGGUGGUUAGGUUUCAUCACCUUCUUGUGUGAGGUGUUUGGCACCAUGAGGAGCAGCUCUGCGGACCCUUUCAGAGUGCUGGUGUGUCCCAUCUACACCUGCCUACGAGAGCUAUUGGAGUCCACUGAUGUGAAGGAAGAUGCAGUGCUGUGCUGUUCAAUGGAGCUCCAGAGUAUGGGGCGCCUCCUGGAGGAGCAGCUCCCUGAGAUGAUGACGGAGCUCCUGGCCGCCGUCAGGGACAAGAUGCUGAGCCCGGGCGAGUCGCCGCUGACCCGCUCUCUCCUCAUGGAGGUCAUCGAGCUGCACGCGCACCACUGGAACCCCCUGGAGGCCCUCACCACCCAAUACUACAACCGCACCAUCCAGAAGCUCACCACCUCCACUGCCUAGGUGCCAGAGAGGAGAACCCCCCCUCUGUUGCCCCCGGAAACAUUUUCCAUUUGAGCAUCAAUGUGCUCUUCCACUUUUACCAAAACAUAGGAAUUUAACACUCUAAAUAAAUACAUGCUUUACGUUUUUUUAUACAUUUCACUAAUUUCUCCAAGAUGGGUGACCACUACCGCGAAAAAGAAAACAAUCACUAAACAGGACCCCUGAUCCAUCAAGGCAACACUACAUGGCGUGGCGUUCAAACAAUGAAAAGCGUAUUUGACACACAACAGCAGCGUAUAUGUGGCCAGUAGGGGCCACUGAGGGAUAUCGAGGGGGGGGGGGAGACAACAGAGGGGUCACACAGGGGAGAGGAGGAGAGGGCAGCAGCAGCAGCGUGCCCGUAGGGAAUAGAGAGAUUCGUACCCAAAGAUGAAUGGAGGAGAGGGGGGUCAGGGUAGUCCGUGUCAGUCUCUUCAUUGUGCUCAUUUGCCCACCGCCCUCCCCCUUCUCUGUCUCAUUCUCCCCCCCUCCUCUGUCUCUCCCUCAGCCCCUGGGGUCUGUGUGGCUGAUAAAAGAGAGAGAGAGGAGGAGGAGGCGGCAGGGAGCAGACACGGUGCUGUCUGUCUGGGACCGGGUCAAAGGGCCUCACUGUGGAGCUCCCACAGCUCCUCCCCCCCUUUGUCUCCCCCAGCCCCACACCCCCCAGCAGGAAGCCUUUCUGUGGGGGUGAGACAGCGGGCCUGCUGGGCCUGGCUGGGCGGAGGAUAAGGAUCAGGCUGGCUGGAGCUGGGUGGCAGAUGGCUGCUUGAGCCCAUGUGAGACGACACACCCCUCUGGCACCCUGCCCCCCCCCCCCCCCCAGCCCCAGGGGGGCGAGCAUUAGAAAAGCAUUAAAACAAAAACACUGCUGUCUGAUAUUUCUUUUGUUUGGUCCUACAGAGAAUGGCCUCUUCCACUCUGUGUAGCUGUGCAUGUACAUGCUUUGUUCACCACAUCUUUGAUAUUGUUGUUAUAUUAUUUUUUUAAUCAUUUAGUGUUUUUGUAAAGUCUUGUUUUUACGAUGAAAUGUAUGAGAUGGUAGCGGUAGGCCUUAUUGCACAGAUUUGAUUUGUUUGCACUGUUUUACUUUUUCAUUCAAAAAGAGGCAAAAGUUUGAAUUGGGAUCAGAUUCAUAUUGAGAUCUCAGUAGAGACGACUGGGUUCAGCAUAGUGAGGGAUUGUAGUAUGUUUUAAUGGACUGGUGGCCUUGUCGUUUAUCCAUCUUUAUAGGAGCUCUCGUGUUCAGCAGAGGGGAACAAAUGUUGGACUUAUAUAAACCGUUAUGUUGCUGAAGAAAAAAUCAGUUGAAGAGAACAAAAAAGGAUGUCCAAAUUACACUAAAAAGAGCAUGGCACAAAGAGAAGUGAAAUGCUUCUUUCAAAAAAGAUUCUCCUACUCAAGCCAUUCUUUGCAGUGGACAUUUUGCAAGUGUUUAACAUUGACUGUAUUUGCUUUGAUUUCCAGGAAAAUGACUUAACGUGUAUUUGAAGAUGACACUGAGGAAAAGAAGAAAUGUUGUUGUAUGACCUCAUUAGCUAGUCUUAUGUGACCCUUAUUCCAGCUACUGUGGAAAUUAUGAUAUCGACGUACCAAGCCAAUCAUGUACCAUUUGUAAAUGGGCUUUAUAUAUAAUCUGCUUACAGUAUAUUUACAAGUAUUUAAAACCAUUGGGAUCGAGGAGGACAGUGCAACCGAGAUGUUACACACAGGAAGACUGUGGUUGUGUGGCUAGAGUUUGGCAUUUCCAUGCAUUUGUUUCAGGAAAUAGCUCUUUGUUUUGGGAGUCGUCACACACACACACACUCACACACACACACACACACACACACAUCCAUACUUAGUUUCCCAUUGAAUCUCUGUGGGCAGUUUUAAGUGUUUUUUAUAUAAUUGUCUCUGUCUUGCAUCAAGAAUUAAGAUCCUGUGUGGUAGAAACACAACCCAGAAGAUGAGUUAGAUGAAAGGUGAAUAAUGCUCACAAAUGUUUUUCUGAGGUGCAGCCUAAUCGUCUGUAAGUGUGUGUCUGCUUAAGGAGUUAUUUGUUUUAUUGUCUUUGUUUUGUUUCUAGGUUUCUAUUUAAAUUAUAUUUAGCUCAUUUAUAUAUAUUUCCCAUCUGGUGGGUUUUUUCAAGACAUGAAACCGUUGUGAUACCUAGCUUGCUGUGUAAGUGUGGUAUUACCGUGUUUUAGCAAAUGAAAAAAAGACCCACGGUGAGUUUUCAUUAUGCAAAGAGCGACUGGCUCUCACAGCAGAUGGGGGCGGGUGGGGAUCGCCCCCCUCGUCUGUGGCUCUGGAGUCCCACCCCGCGUGCCCUUAGACCCCUCUGCUCGGGUCACAUGACUUACUCGACGAUUGAAUGAGACACCCCUUCAUUUGCAUAUUCUCUGAAUAUUGAAAAGCUGUAGAUUGGCAAUAGUGGGUCAUCUUGUGAACUCUUGUUUGUUUUUCUAAGCAACUGAAAAAAAUAAACUAACAGGAAAAAAAUGAUGUGAAGAAUCAAA